AAAGAGGAUGAGUAAGGGCUCUUUUAGUACCGAUGAAGAGAUACGGCUAUUGAGACAAAAAUAUAAACCGGAAAAUAUGAUGAUUUGGAAAGGAAAAGAAAGUUUCAGUCAACACAAAAAGGGUCUGUGAUUGAUUGGUCAAACUGUGCUCAUAUCAAUCCACCCGCUUCCUUACUGGCUGAGUUUAUUGCGUCCUAUAUAUGCGCCUUCCCCGCAGAUAGGAGACAAAUAAUCAACCUUUUCUUUUCCUCGCCACAACCAUCAUUCACCCAACACUACCAAACAUGUCUAAAGAAGGUGAUUUCGACGCCGUCCGAAAGGAUAUCGAGGCAAUCCUCAAACAAAAAGGUUACGAUGACGGACACAUUGGUCCCGUCCUAGUUCGUUUAGCAUGGCAUGCCAGCGGUACAUACUGCAAGGAUACCGAUACAGGAGGUUCAAAUGGAGCAGGAAUGCGAUAUGAAAAAGAAGGUGGCGAUCCGGCAAACGCAGGAUUACAACAUGCUCGUGUUUUCGUUGAACCAAUCAAACGUAAGUAUCCUUGGAUCACUUAUUCGGAUCUUUGGACUCUUGCCGGUGUUGUUGCAAUCAGAUCUAUGGGCGGUCCAGACAUUCCAUGGAAAGCAGGCAGAAGUGAUUUCGAUGAUGAUUCUUUGCUACCUCCACGUGGUCGUUUGCCCGAUGGAUCACAAGCACAAGAUCAUUUGCGUCAUAUCUUCUACCGUAUGGGUUUCAACGAUCAAGAGAUCGUCGCCCUCUCUGGUGCACACAACCUUGGACGCUGUCACGCUGACCGAUCUGGUUUCGAGGGAGCAUGGGUCAACAAUCCAACCCGAUUCAGCAAUCAAUACUACAAGCUACUCUUGAAACUCAAAUGGCAAAAGAAAGAUUUGAACAGAGAAGGUGCACCAUGGCAAUGGGUUGCCACAACACCCGGAAUGGAUGAAGAUGAUGAACCGUUGAUGAUGCUACCAACAGAUUAUAGUUUAACACAAGAUGCCGAAUUCAAAAAAUGGGUUGAGAAAUAUGCAGAAGAUCAAGAUCUUUUCUUUGAUCAUUUUUCAAAAGUUUUUGCUAAGUUGGUUGAAUUGGGCGUUUAUCGUGAUGAAGAUGGAGUUGCAAGAUUCAAUAACCUUACAAAAGGUAAAUACGAAUCUGCUCCACCAAAAUCUCUCACACCCGGAGCACCAGAAAGAAGACCAGCCCAAGUUACCCAUAUUUCCACAAAAGCACGUCUUUAGAGAGUGCUUUGUCAGGCUUUUGUAUAGAAUCAAGUUUGUCGAUAGAUUGUCUUGUAUAGACUCACACAUUUUCAUUUAAUUUACUCAGUUUCCAUCUACUUUACAGUUGCUUGAGAGUGAGAAUGCUUGACAAUUCUAAGAGUAAGGCUUCAUCAACAGUAUCGACCCUCUUACCAAAGUGAUCAGAUAUGCAUUCAGAUUGAUGGCCUUAUCCGAUCAAAGUAUCGGCUGCAUUAAAUUCACACCAUCAGAAGAAGCUAUUUUGGCAUGACGCUUUGAACUUAAGAAGAUAUGCAGAGCGUACAACUAAGCUGAAGCAAGGAAACGAAAAUGUGGGGUUCAAUUGAUUGAAGCUAGGAACGCUUACUAAGCAUGUCUUUUUGGAAUUUGGAAUUCUGGAAUCGAAAGUAUGAAUCUUGAAGCCAUUGGGUUAUGAUGUAUGCGGCAAGUUUGA